AUGAUUUCGUUCGAAGAUUUCCUCCUCCGCCCUUCCAAGGUUGUCGAUCCAUUCAAUCGUUUCGUAGCAAAAAUUGACCCGUUUCUCACUCUUGUGGAAUUUUGUCAAGUGAUUGGACCCAGACCUCUCGCUGUUGUCUCUCAACAACCAAACGACAAAAUCCGCGGAGUCGACAUCAAUGAGAUGGCGAUAUGGCUCAUGUCGUCAGAUACAGUACCUGGUACAAUGAUUGUUUUGGAAAAUAAUCAAACAGGGAUCCACGCAGCUGCAUAUUACUUCAAUUUGUAUGAUAUGCGAGCAAGAGCCUUUCAGAGAAAUCUAUGUAUCGCGUAUUUAUGCUCUGAAAAACCCACAAAAGAGCUUCUGAACCAUUUUUCAACGACAAUGAAGACACUAGUUUCACCUGUUUUAAUUUGCAACCGACGGUUAUUCAUUCGACAUGUCACCGAUAUUGUUAAGUUUUCAGACAGCGUUGAUGAAACCACUCUAAAACAGUAUUACACAUUAAAUGGAGAUUCACAGAAGCUCACUGAUGCCAGCAGAUUCAAUAUAGUUUUCGAGCAAACACGACUUCUGAAAAGUAAAUUCCUAACCAAGAGAUUCCAAGAAAUGGCGUUCGAAGAUGAUAUUUGUUGUGGUCAUAACACAGAAAAUAUGGGAGAAGCCGAAGACAUCAUAUGCUCAUUUCGAGUUCCUUCUAUUCCAUUGAGUCCCAUCGACACUUUGACUCCAUGUGCGUACGAAUCAAUAAUACCUAAACUGCGACAACUUUGUUCCGAGCUGAAUCAAGCCAACAGUCUCUCUAGUACAGGCGCUCUGUUCUGUGGUCUUCGUCCAAUUGCUACAGUAGCACCAAUAACCACAUCAUCACAUUCGUGGGAUUUGGAUUCAGAACAUUUGAAUUCAAAUGAAAAAGGAGAAGAAACAUUGAAAGCAAUUACCGGGCAUUUGGGUGAUGUUCUCUUCCCGCUACUUUGCGGUGAAGAUAUGGUAAUUUGUGGUGCUGAACAAAGAAGGAGUACAGUCGAAGAUAUGUUGGUAAAAAUAGGAAAAGUUAUUCCUAAAGAGAGGGCGAAUCUUGUGGAACAAGAUGUGCAGAUGGAGAAGGAUCCCAACAAAAUUGGCAAGGGAUUAGGAGGACUUCUGUGUAAUCGAAGUGAAACUGGAAAACUGGCUCGAUGGAGGACCGUACUUGACAUGAAUAGAUGCAUCCUAAAAACGUUCAGCUACGACGGUGUACUCUUAUCCGGUCUCAACAAAAAAAGAAAAUUUCCUUCUGAUCGAUCUCUGGUUAUGUUCAUAAUUGCAUAUCUGACCAACAUCUGCCAAUUGGCUUACAUAUGUCGUUAUCUGUUUAUCCGAUCACCAAACUCUAUAGAUAUGGUGAUGGGAGAUCAGCAGAAAAUCAGUUUUGACGAUGAACGAAUACUGAUUUGUUUGCUGAUGGGUAUCGAUUUCGAAAAGUUCAAUCGACUGAAGCAAUCAUCGAAUAAAGACGGGAGAGGUGCGAAACCGAGUAGAACUAUUAAUCUGUGA